CCCCUCCGUUCAGUGCCACCUGUCAGUCGCAGCCGCUGCUCUAGUCGCUCCUGCCACUAGAGUUUUCUGCGGUCUGGACCGCCUGGACUACCUCCCCGGGCUGGGUCUGUUGUCCUGGUGUGGACCACACGCAUGCUCCUUAUUGUCCCGCCUAGCCUAGCAUGCAACCCCUUCAUCUCAACAUCAACUGCAGAGUCUUGCUGAAUGACCCGAAUCCACCCGGCUUCGAUCGCUCUUUCGGUUCCUUCGCUACUAGGUGAAGCAUGAACACCGAACCUUCGUCUGUAGCUUCGAGCUGGGCGGGAUCGGCUGCAGGCAUGUCAGCCCAUCGAAAGGAGCGCGGCCAUAUCGCACAACGGGCUUGCGAGGUCUGCCGCCGCAGGAAGCAGAAGUGUGACGAAGAGAAGCCGACAUGCGGAUAUUGCUCCAAGGCCCAGCUGGAGUGCGAUUACGGAAGCCCAAAGCCGACCAAGAAAGACAAGACAUUGGUUGAGUUACUUGACCUUGUAACCAACAUCAAUCAGCAUACCAGUCACAUCCCAGAAAUCUCUGCCCAGCUUCUGAGAUUGAGAGAUAACAUUCCGACACUUUUGCCUACCGAAAGUAGUGCCGGCAGUGACGUCGCCUCCUCAACAGCCACCGUGCAGCCUUCGACUCAAACGGGCCUGAGUCUGGCGCCACGACACCAAGCUGCGCGCCGUUAUGUUUCCACCCUGGACAGAAUCUUGUCCUGGCCUGCAGUCCGGCAGACACUCGAAACCGUCCGGCCAAAGAUACCCGGUAUCCAAGCAAUCUUCGAGGGCCCAGAAUCGUCAUCCGUGCUAUUCGACCAGCGAAGGGAUACCCGGUGUCUCUUCCGGGGCGGCUUGGAGUCCAUGGGUGCACAAGAUCGCAUUGCUUUGGGAAUAGCUCCCGACGACCCCAGACCGCUUCAGAUGACGAGCAUAAGCCCACACAUUCUUGCGGAGCGCAUUAGAAUAUACUUCAACACCUUUAAUCGGAUUCACCCUGUCUUAGACCGUCAAUACUUCAUGGAAGUGGUGUUCCCUGGAGUUGUCCACAACCGUUUCUGCGAGAAUGCGGCAUCUACCUUGCUGUGUCUAGUGAUGGCGCUUGCCGAGGUAGCCGUUGCAGACGUACCAGGCAGAGGGUUUUCGGCUUUUCAAGGCCACCAAGAUGGCGAGCCAAGCAAUACUGCUGAGUAUAUCGAAUACCGCCCACCCGGUAUCGAGUUCUUCAACGAGGCGAGGCGGCGCUUGGGCUUUUCUGUCGGCGAGUGCAGUUUGGAGAACGUACAAAUGUUCAUUCUGACGGGAUUAUAUUACGAGUCUUGUUCUCGACAUAUGGAGUUCUGGAAUAUGAUCAUAUCAGCAUCCCUGGCUUGCCAAGCACUGAUUGCCAGUAACUCGGCCGAAAUGUAUGCUGCCCACGCUGAUCAGAUCUGUCGGGCGUUUUGGUAUUGCUCCAUUAUGGAAACAGGUAUCCAACGGGACUUAGAAUUGCCCUUGACAGGCCUCGACAAGCUUCAGUCGCGCAUUCAGCUGCCCCAGUUUCCCGACUAUGUCACCACGACCGACGAACUUCUUCGUGUGCACAUGUACAACGACAGGAUGUCCCAUUACGGCGAGAUAUUUGUCUAUCAGAUUUCUCUCCGGAACCUGGCUGUCAAAAUUCGCAACGGUCUGAUGCAAGUUGCUGAAGCACCCAUCGCAAACCUGGGUCAGACGAUGCCCGGACCAGACGAUCUUUUACGAACCACGGUUGAUAAAUUGGGUAGGGAGCUCGAACAGUGGCACGGUUCUUUGCCGGAUCACUUGAGCUGGGACAGAAACCUUCCUUCCGCUAUGUAUUCGGCUCCCGAUCUUCAACCCUCCAGCCCAUCGUUUUACGCCCAUAGCAUGUAUGCGGCCGAUGCUAUGGAUGCGUUGCAUUCGGCUCCAAUGAACAAUUUCAUCGGGGCCGACAUCACUAACCCCAAUGCGAACAUCGGCUUUCCGAACUCGGACGGCGUUCUGCUUGCGAUCAUGCGCUCAAAUUAUUACCACGUCGAAUCCAUGCUCUACAGGCCCUUCGCUUAUAAAGCCCUUCACGAACAUCCGGACAACCUAACCGAAACGGACCUUUCGGCAACGACGAGGUUCCUCCAUUCCUGCGUUCUCUGGCCUAUAAUGGUCCCGCCAGCCUCUCAGCAUAAACGCAUGAUCCCCUGCCUUUAUUCCUGGUCGCAGAAUAUCCUAGGCGCACUCAUCGUUCUGCACCUGUCCCUCAUAAACCCCACGCUCUCCAAGAUCAGACAAAGCCAUUGCCGCCAGGGGUUCGAACAAGAAGCCGAGUUGACAAUUGAGUGGGGGACCGCAUGGAUUCGAGAUCUGAAAGACGCUGAUAGAACUGCACAGCGCUGUUGGAUGAUCCUCAAAGGCUUGUAUCGACUCGAUGGCUGAGCGGAAAACGGAAAGCAUCAGGGGCGCAAACCGAAAGAGAUGAUUGACUUGGCAAGGACGCAUGAUUCCAGUUCUGUAACUGUUGGGGGCUUUGCGGUAUAGAGAUGGCGGGACGAGACCAUAAGGGGCAGGGUGUUCUCGGGCAUUUGGGGCAGCCUCAUAUUUUUCGUAUCAUAUAUGGACGACCAAGUAGAGCGGGAAAUAAUGAAUUUCACGAAAGCCGAC